UUUGGUAAUACGAAGGAAAAUUCUUCUUGAGCAAGAGAGUAGUAAAAAUCAAGAGUGAUCCUUCAACGAUGAUCAUAAGUCAUUACUUCGUUGUCUGAUUUUAUAGUAAUAAAAUAAUAAUAAUUUAAUGAAGCUUUAUAAGAUUCUAUGGUGUAUUCAAAGGACUUGAUUGUCUCUGAAAUUAGUAGCAAGAACGUGGCUGCUCUUUAAGAGAAUAGGAGAUUCCAAAAUCACAGAGUCUGCCACAACUUUUUCUCUUUGUGUUCGAGUUUCUGCACAAGCAUUAAAGCUACACCUUUUAUUGAUCAGACUGGAACCGUUGCAGAAACACAGAGCUGAAUUUAACAUUAGAGAGGCUUCAAGGUCAGCUUACUAUUUCAGAAAUAAAUGGACUACUUUUUCAAAAAGUCGAAUCUGGAAACCAAUUCCCUGCGCCAGCUUCCUAAGAAGGCCGGAUCUGAUCUAGCCUCUCCUUCUCAGGCGCUGACCAUUGCGAUAGCUAUUAGUGGGAGCACCAAAAGCAAGAAUGUAGUUAAGUGGGCGCUCAAAAAGUUUUCUUCUGACAAAAACGUUGUGUUCAAGCUGAUUCAUGUCUAUCCAAAGAUUACUUCUGUACCUACACCUUCGGGAAGGACAGUCUCUAUCUCUGAGGCACCAGAAGAUGUGGCGGCUACUUAUAGACGACAACUGAUGGAGGAGACGAAAGAAACUCUUCUUAAACCUUACAAGAAGAUGUGCGAGCGGAAAAAGGUUGAUGUAGAACUUCAAGUGCUUGAAUCAAAUAGUGUUGCAGUUGCGAUUACCAGAGAAGUUAAUCAGCACUUGAUAAGCAGGCUUGUCAUUGGACGCUCGUCUCAUGUGGGCUUGUACGGGAAUCGUGAUGUUACCGCGAAAAUAUCAGCCCAUGUGUCAGAACUUUGUACAGUUUAUGUUGUAUCAAAAGGAGUCUACAUUCUUUCGAAAAAUAAAUCAAUGUCAGAUGGGGAGAUCAGUGAAACUAUAAGAGAUUCCGGUAGUGAGAGAACUGAUACAUCUAGCUGUUCUUCUGGUUCAAGACAUAUCUCAGAUGCAACACUCAAAUCGAAAUCUUUUGCUAUGUCCAAUAAUAAGAGAUUGCAACAUCUCCCGACAACAGGAAGAGGGGUUUCUGUUCGUAUGGAAGCUAGCUCUGUUGACUCAUACGGAACUACAAACAUGUUUUCGGAUGAAGUUAGCAAGAGAAGUAGCCCUGAAACAUCGCGUACCAUCUCUUGGAAUCCUCCUCGGAGUUAUAUGUCUAGCUCUAGCAACGAAAAUGUUAGUCAAGGACAAGAUUAUUUCACAGCCAAACAGGACACGCUCGACAAAAUUAGAAAGUUGAGAGAUGAACUUAGACAGGCUCAAGAAAUGUAUCCAAUGGCUCAUGUAGAAACCUUGGAUGCUUCUCGCAAGCUGAAUGAGCUUCAUGAGUUUGAAGAGUUAACGCUUAAGGAACAUGUGACAAAGGGGUUAGAAGAAAAGGAAAAACAGAAGUUUGAGCAGAUGAGAAGAGAAUACAAAGAGAAGGAGAAGCUUAAAGAAAGUUCCCUUGUGGCUCCCAAGCUGCAAUACCAAGAGUUCACUUGGGAAGAAAUCAAAACCGCAACUUCAUCAUUCUCUGAAGAUUUAAAGAUUGGAAAGGGGGCUUAUGGGGCUGUUUACAAAUGCAAUCUCCGUCAUACAAUCGCCGCUGUCAAAAUUUUGCAUUCCCCGGAAAGUAAUCUAUCCAAGCAAUUCGAUCAAGAGAUCGAAAUCUUGAGCAAAAUCAGACAUCCACACUUGGUUCUCCUUCUAGGCGCGUGUCCGGAGCAGGGUGCUCUAGUCUACCAGUACAUGGAAAACGGUAGCUUGGAAGAUGGGCUAUUCCAAGUCAACAAUAGUCAACCAAUCCCGUGGUCCGUCCGGUUCAGAAUCGCUUGGGAAGUGGCAUCAGCGCUUGUUUUCCUCCACAAAUCAAAGCCGACACCAAUCAUCCACCGUGAUCUUAAACCAGCCAACAUCUUGCUUGAUCACAACUUUGUCAGCAAAAUAGGAGACGUGGGUCUCUCCACAAUGAUCAAAGUCGAUCCUUUAUUAACACAAUUCACAAUGUACAAACAGACAAGCCCCGUGGGAACCUUAUGCUAUAUCGAUCCUGAAUAUCAACGAACGGGAAGGUUAUCUCCCAAGUCAGACGUCUAUGCGUUUGGAAUUAUCAUUCUGCAGCUGCUUACCGCUCUCCCGGCUAUAGCACUGACGUAUAAAGUAGAAACAGCAAUGGAUAACAAUGAGUUGAUAAAGAUUCUUGAUAAAAAAGCUGGUGAUUGGCCAAUGGAUGAAACCCGUACACUAGCCGCUUUGGCCCUCUCUUGUACAGAGAUCCGGGCUAAAGACAGGCCUGAUCUGGAAACUCAUAUUCUUCCAGCAUUGGAGAGCUUUAAAAAUGUAGCUAAAAAAAAAGCAAGAAACUUGAUUUCCUCUGUGCCGGAGCAACCUCCAAGCCAUUUCUUAUGCCCUUUACUUAAGGAUGUUAUGAGUGAACCUUGUGUUGCGGCUGAUGGCUAUACUUAUGACCGACGAGCCGUUGAGGAAUGGAUGGAGGACCACCGUACCUCACCGGUGACUAAUUUGCCGUUACAAAACAUUAACCUUUUGCCCAAUCACACUCUUUAUACAGCCAUUGUUGAGUGGAGACGUAGUAAUCAGUAAGGCAAUUUCUUCAGUCGUUUUGGUGUUUUCUCUUUCUGAAACUGCGUAGCCUAUAACAACUCCCUCCCUGCUGUUCUAUAACCUUUUAUUGCUUCUUUUUUUGCUCUCUUUUUUUGGUUCAACAUCAUUUCAUUUUCCAAUAGCUUCAUCCAUGAUCACGCCUUCGGUUUAUCAGGCUCUACGACCAUAACCAUAUUUGGUACAUGAUUAUCCAAGGAUGAAGUAUCGCAAGAUUCAAAAGAACAUGGGUUUGAGCUGUUUUAUUUGUGGUGCGGUUACAGUCUCGAGGGCUAGAAGAUAAAGAUAAAUGAAGUGAAGCAAGAUGCUGUCAUGCUGCUAUCUCUAUUUUGCGUGAUCAUGUGUUUUCGAAGAUAGAGUUUAACAUUAUUUUCAUGUAAUUUUGAUUAAUCAAUGGAUAAAAUAUUCCAUCUCAAUCCGAUUAGAUUCUUCUAAUCUUGUGUUUGUUAUGUUUUGUUAAGGAAAUAUGAUAGACU